AUGAUGGAUAUAACAGGUAAGCUAAUCAAUGGUGUCGUAGAAUUGACGAAACUGAUGGCUCACGGGGCAAUGCACGAAGCUUGCCUUAUAGAAGUCACUAAAUCUACUGAAGAUGAAGCUGUAAAUAUUAUAGGGGAAGUGAGGAAGUGUGCUCUUGUAAAUAACACUGAAUUUGAAAAUUUCAUUGCAAAUAAUAACGCUACAGUUCUAGAUAUAAAUAAUAAUGCAAAUAAAAAUGUUAGCAGCAAUAGUGUGAAAGAAAUGAAAGAUAUGAUCAGAAGAAUGCUAGAAGACAGUACUGAUUUAAGUAAACAAUUUAAAGAAAAAUUGUAUAAUUUGCAAAACGAUUUAAAUAAUGUCGACGCAAAUGCCAAUGUUAUUGAUAUAGCCAAAGAUAUUAAAAAUAUUGAA